AUGGACGGACGCGACCACCGUAGGAGGCUGUCGGCGUCGGGGUCCGGCCGGCGGGAGCGGCUCGGGCCGGCGCCCAGCCCCGCGUGGUCGCAGCAGCUCUCCGUCGGCAGCGGCCGGGCCAAGUCGCUGUUCCGGUCCAUCGGCGUCUGGUUCAGCUCCCUCUCCACGCCGUCGUCUCCCACCCCCGCCAAGAAGAAGCGGUCCAAGCAGGCGCCAGCGCCGGCGCAUGACGACGCCAUCAAGAAGCCGCCUUGUAAGCCUUCCCUUCUUCUCGAUCGGCGGACGGCCGGUCUGCUUAUUCUCCUUCGUCACCUUGACUGUGUUGGUCUUACUGUUACAGCGUUCGGCGGCUACGGCACCGGGCGGCCGUUGAUGCUCCGGGGAGGAACGGGGAGAGGAGGAGGAGGAGGGCUGUACGGCGGCGGGCGGAGGAGCUUAUCGCAGACGCAGCAGCAGUACCAGUUCCAGAGCUCGGUGUUCACCAUGGAGGAGAUCCUCAAGGCCACCAGCAACUUCUCGCCGGCGCUCAAGAUCGGCCAGGGCGGCUUCGGUGCCGUGUACAAGGGCGUGCUCCCGGACGGCACGGUGGUGGCGGUGAAGCGCGCCAAGCAGCGGAUGCAGAACCCGCACGUGGACGUGGAGUUCCGGAGCGAGGUCAAGAUCAUGGCGCGCAUCGAGCACCAGAGCCUCGUCCGCUUCUACGGCUACCUGGAGCACGGCGAGGAGCGGGUGGUGGUCAUCGAGCACGUCCCCAACGGCACCCUCCGCGAGCACCUCGACCGCCGCCACGGCCGCUUCCUCGAGCUCGCCGCCCGCCUCGACGUCGCCAUCGACGUCGCCCACGCCGUCACCUACCUCCACAUGUACUCCGACCACCCCAUCAUCCACCGCGACAUCAAGUCCUCCAACAUCCUGCUCACCGCCUCGCUGCGCGCCAAGGUGGCCGACUUCGGCUUCGCCCGCCUCGGCGCCGGCGGCCUCGGCCACGGCGAGGGGGGCGGUGGGGCGAGGCACGUGUCCACGCAGGUCAAGGGCACCGCGGGGUACCUCGACCCGGAGUACCUCAAGACGUGCCAGCUCACGGACCGGAGCGACGUCUACUCCUUCGGCGUCCUCCUCGUCGAGAUGGUGUCCGGGCGCCGCCCCAUCGAGCCCAAGCGGGAGAUGAAGGAGCGGCUGACGGCGCGGUGGGCGAUGCGGAAGCUCGUCGAGGGAAAGGCGGCGGAGGAGGUGCUCGACCCGUGCCUGCUGCGGACCGGCGCGGCGGCCACGGCCGUGGAGGCCGUGCUGGAGCUAGCGUUCCGGUGCAUGGGGCCCGUCCGUGACGAGCGGCCCAGCAUGGACGACUGCUGCCGCGCGCUCUGGGCCGUCAGGAAGACCUACAGGGACACGGUCUCCGCCAUGGCCGCCCCCGCCGACGCCUUCUCCGACCGGGCCAGCUCCUCCAGCGCCAGCACCGGCACCAGCACCACCGGCGAUUUCUGCCGGAUGUAG